CUUUGUUUUCGUCUUGCCAGCUGUUCCUCUUGCGAAGAAAAAGUGCUUCAAAGUUGUCCAAAGUGAAAUUAAAUUCACUUUAGUUGCAACCUUUUCAGAGGAUGUUUUGAUAUCAAUUAUCAUCAGCAGUCAGUUCAGUGUAAUGGCAUCUGGAAAAGCUUUACCCAUCCCACCUAGAUGGCUUGAUUGCCCAAGGAAGGGGUCACUGGUUGCUGCCAAGUUUCUUCCCUUUAAGACGCUCUUGGACAGCCGUUAUGAUGAUCAGAUUCCUGAGGCCAAUAGAUUUGAUGUUGACAUGUUCUUCUUGUCAAUGUCUGCAGCCAAGCUCCGCAUAGGUUUGAUAAUUGACCUGACCAAUACAACACGGUUCUAUGACAAGAGAAGAAUCGAAGGGAAAGAGUGUCGUUACCUUAAGUUACAGUGUCGAGGGCACGGCGAAUGCCCCUCCGAAGACCAAACCAAUGCAUUUUUGGAACUGUGCGAUAAUUUUGUGAGACAGAAACCGCUGCAGCAAAUCGGUAUCCAUUGCACCCAUGGCUUCAACAGAACAGGCUUCCUCAUCAUAGCCUAUUUAGUAGAAAAACAGUCUUGGAGCGUCGACGCUGCUGUCAAUCUGUUCGCAAAGGCUCGUCCACCCGGCAUUUAUAAGCAAGACUAUUUAGACGAGUUAUAUCGUCGAUACGGCGACCCAGAGGACACACCGAAUGCCCCGCCUCUUCCUGAUUGGUGCACAGAAUCUGAUGACACUGGUAGUCUUGAUGACGAUGGUAACCUCAUCGGACACAAACGCUCAUCCGACGCAUUAGGUGAGCCAGCGACCAAAAGAAGACGGAAAGAAUUCUUGAGGCAAGACGCAAAGUUUAUGGACGGGACGGUGCAGGGAGUACACCGGAUUACGGAACAGCCGAUCUUGGGCCAGGUGCAGAGGAAGUGUCAACAAAUGUGCUCUUGGGAAGGGUCAGGAUUUCCUGGGUCGCAGCCGGUGUCAAUGGAUCUUGACAACAUGAAAUUUCUACAGCAAAAGCCAUACAAAGUCAGCUGGAAGGCAGAUGGUACAAGGUACAUGAUGCUAAUUGACGGAACACGACGCAUUUUCAUGAUCGACCGAGACAACGCUGUAUUCCAAGUGCCAAGUCUGACUUUUCCUCGAAGGAAGGAUCUGAACGCCAAUAUUGAAAACACUCUAGUUGAUGGGGAGAUGAUCAUGGAUAAUGUUGGAGGCAAAGACGUCCCUCGAUAUCUCAUCUAUGACAUUGUCAGAUUUGAGGGUAUGGAUGUAGCAGGCACAGACUUCGACCGGCGUCUCCUUUGCAUAACGAAAGAAAUAAUUGGCCCGCGAUACAAGUCUAUAGAACAGGGAAAAUUAGACAAGCUACGCGAAGCAUUUAGUGUCCGAGCAAAACCUUUCUGGGAUGUGACACAAUCAAAAGCAUUACUGGAGGGAAAGUUCAUCCAACAAGUUAGCCACGAGACGGAUGGACUAAUAUUCCAGCCAGUCCCUGAUAAAUAUAAAUGUGGUCGCUGUGAUGACGUCCUGAAGUGGAAACCGCCAACGUUAAACUCAGUCGACUUCAAGUUACAGAUCACUCGAGAACAAAGACCAGGAAUGUUACCGGAGACGAAAGGUUACCUGUACGUCGGAAGUCUUGACCGUCCUUUCUCACAAAUUAAGGUUACGAGAGAUUUAAAAGCAUACGAUAAAAAGAUCAUCGAGUGUACUUGGGAGAAUAACACAUGGAAAUUUAUGCGGGAACGAACGGACAAGUCAUUUCCAAAUGGCUACAAAACUGCUGUUGCUGUGUGCAACAGUAUUCAGCACCCAGUCACCAAGGACCUACUGUUCGAUAUGAUCGAGAAGGACCGAUGGAGACCGUCUGCCUCUGUUCAUCCCGGGAGCUCAACGGAUAGAGAUCUAAUGCCCCCUCCACCAUUUCCUUGAAGAGGAGUGAAAUAUUUGGACUAUUGACUUCCGUGUUUCCCAAACUUCAGCACCCAGCUGUGGAUUCAGUGUGUGAUGGCCUAAAAAAACAAUGCGUCAUUCACAAGGACUGCUCAUCAGGUGUGUGUGUGUGAUUGAAGCCCUGUUCAUCCCCGUUGUUAAAAAAAUACUGAUCUUUUGCGUCUGUCGCCAUUGCCUUGAAAGGGGUGCAGCAGCUGGACUUUUUUCAGAAAGAAAGCACUACUUGUGUAUGCGGUACAUGUAUCUGACUGGGAAUGUAUCACUGUAUUGUACAGUUUAUUUGACUCCUUUGUAGUUUGAUAUUUUUCUCCCAGGGGAGUAGGCUGGACAUAGGUCUGUGCUGUUCGAUCAACUGGCCUUUUCAUAAGAUUUGUCAAAAUGCAAGUGCCAUUUUCCUGACCUCUCAUCUGUUUAGAAACCAAGGCAAUCCUGGUUUAUCCUUGAUAAACAGGGUAUACCUGGUUUAGCGAGAAAAGUUGCAGUGAAUGACUGAAUGGUAUCAAGUGCAGAUCGUCGGUAACGUCGAGAGUUGUGGUAACUGAGGGUCACCACUUGGCGUACUCAAGAAAGCGUGUUUACUUGGGAUAUUCAGUGUCGGCCGGACCUGUGGAUACUAGCCUCAAAUGCUCUGCCGGCCCUUCAAACUCAAUUGUCUUGGUAAGUUGAAAAGUAGAGUUGGUUGCAGUAUUUUACACCAUCUAUUUCACAGAACGUUUCAUACAUGUAAGAAAAUGCUAUUUUGCUUUAGGUUCAGCAAAUCAGUGUGCUCGAUUUUUAAAGCGUAUAAUAGCUUUAAUCAUGCAUAACAUGGUCAUGGAUUUCUUUUAUGUUAAACAGAGCUCAUAUAAAUCAGAAAUUUUUAAGCUUAAAUUAUUAUCAUGAUGUAUGAGAGUUUGUAAAUAAUAAGA